UUCAUAUCCAACUCCAGGCAUGCCCAUAAAUACCCCUAUUCACUUCUCAGCAAGUUCCACCAUACCCAAAACCUCUCAUUCCCUCCUCAUUUCACUUUCUUUACUUUCUUGGUAAAAAAAUCCAAUCUUGAUUCUUGAAGUUAGCUCAAAGCUGAAAUGACCAAGAACAUGGAGGUUGGCACUGAAUAUGCCGCGGCAAAAGACUACCAUGACCCUCCCCCAGCACCCCUGAUUGACCCUGAAGAGCUGGGCAAGUGGUCCUUUUACAGGGCUGUGAUUGCGGAAUUCAUCGCCACUCUGCUGUUUCUGUACAUCACAGUGUUGACUGUGAUCGGGUACAAGAGCCAGACUGACCUCACGGUCAACGGCAAUGAGGCGUGCGGCGGCGUGGGCAUUCUUGGAAUUGCUUGGGCUUUCGGUGGCAUGAUCUUCGUUCUUGUUUACUGCACUGCCGGUAUUUCUGGUGGACACAUUAACCCGGCAGUGACAUUCGGGCUGUUCUUGGCUCGGAAGGUUUCGUUGGUCCGAGCCAUCAUGUACAUAGUGGCUCAGUGCCUAGGGGCAAUGUGUGGGUGUGGGCUGGUGAAGGCUUUCCAGAAGGCUCACUAUAUGAGCUAUGGUGGUGGAGCAAAUGGGUUGCAAGAUGGGUAUAGCACAGGCACUGGAUUGGGUGCUGAGAUUAUUGGAACUUUUGUUCUUGUUUACACUGUCUUCUCUGCCACUGACCCCAAGAGAAAUGCUAGAGACUCCCAUGUCCCAGUUUUGGCACCACUUCCAAUUGGAUUUGCUGUGUUUAUGGUUCACCUGGCUACGAUUCCAAUCACCGGAACCGGGAUUAACCCCGCUAGGAGUCUUGGAGCUGCUGUCAUGUAUGGUAGACAAAAGGCCUGGGACGACCAAUGGAUAUUCUGGGUUGGGCCCUUUAUUGGAGCUGCCAUUGCUGCACUGUACCACCAAUAUAUUUUGAGGGCAGGAGCAGCCAAAGCACUGGGGUCCUUCAGGAGCAAUGCCUAGCUAAACUGGUGCAGUGGAGUGUGAGCCAAUUGCAUGGAGGAAUUGUAAAUACAAAGAGCAAUGAUUGGAUAUAUAGUUCUGUUACUAGCUGGCUCUGUAGAUUUGGCACUUGGGGUUUUUAGUGUGCCAAGUCAAGAAUGUGAUAAUUUCCACUUUCUCCAGUUUGCCUUUCACUUUCAAUCCCUUCUUGUUUUGGCUAUGUACUCUUUGGCAUCCUGUUGUCAUGCACAAGUAAACAAUAAAUGACUUGGCUCAUCUUUGUUAGAUCUACUUAUCCAGAUGACUCUUUCUUUGAUUGCAUCAUUUCUUUGUUGUUCUCCAUUCCUUAGUUAACUCACAUGAUAUAUAUCAGCUUCUUUAUUAGUCUCUUUGGGCUCAAGGGAG